UCACAACCUCCCGUUUCCCCCACGUGACUCCCGGUACGGCCGAACCCGGAAGCGCCGCCGCCGCCAUGGACCCCGCCGCUCCCCCCCCAAAGCGCCGCGGGCCCGCUCGCCUGGCCGAUCCGCGGCCUCUUUUCGAGGACACGAGCGCUACCGGCGCCUCACCGGGCCGCGGGUUCGGGGCUCCGCCGCCUUCGGCCUCCUCGGCCUCCUCCUCCUCCUCGGCCGCGGCCUCGGCGGCGUUCGGGCCGCCCGGGGCGUUCCUGGCCGAGCCCGUGACCUCGCUGGCCGCGGCCUACGGGAGCAGCCUGGCCUCGCACGUGGAGGGGAACACAACGACGAACAACGACGAGUGCGCGGCGGCCGAGGCCGAGCCGUGCCUGGGGGGGCUCUGUGUGAACACGGUGGGCUCGUACCUGUGCUCCUGCCCCCCCCGCUCAUCCUCGACCCCUCCAGCGCCGCUGCGUGGCCAACGACUCCAGCCCGGAGGGGUCGCUGGCCGUGUGCUGGCAGGAGAGGGGUCGGUGGCCGUGUGCUGGCAGGAAGUGGGGCCGGACCUGGUGUGCGGGCGGCCCCGGCGCGCGGCGCAGGUGACCUACACCGAGUGCUGCUGCCUGUACGGGCAGGCGUGGGGCAUGGAGUGCGCGCUCUGCCCCGCCCCCCACUCCGACCCCCGAACUUCGCCCCCCCUCAGCUCCCCCCCCCUCUACGACCCCUCCCCCAAUUUCCCCCCUCCCCCCAAUUUCGCCCCCCCCCAAUUCGGGCCCCUCCCCUACGGGGGCCCCCCCGAAUAUUUUGGGGGGCUGCACCCCCAUUACGACCCCUACCCUUUUGGGGGGGCGGGCUUGGGCUACGACCCCCGGGGGGGUGGGGGAGGGGUGGGGGACCCCCUUUACGCCCCUCGCCCACCGCCCCUCCCCCCUCGCUACGAGGAUUUUGGGGACCCCCGGGGGAGGGGGCCCCGAUUUGAGCCCCCGGACCCCCCCCCGGACCCCCGAGGGGGCCCCCCCUGGAACUUCCAACCCCACGGGACCCCCGAGGAGGAGGAGGAGGAGGAGGAGGAAGGGGCGCGGGAGGAGGAGUGCGGGGUCCUGAGCGGCUGCACCCACGGGCGCUGCGUCCGCGUGGGCGACGCCUUCACCUGCGCCUGCGACCCCGGCUUCCACCUGGACCCCGCCCGCCUCGACUGCCUCGACGUGGACGAGUGUUUGGGGGUGCCCCCGCCGUGCCGCCCCGGGCGCUGCCUCAAUACCCCCGGCUCCUUCCGCUGCCUGUGCCCCCCCGGGACCCCCCCGGCGCUGGACCCCCCCCGCUGCCCCCCGCGCCCCCCCCGCGCCUGAAGCCCCCUCCCCAUAUUUAUUGUGUGGGUUUGUUUUGUAUAGAAAAAAAAAUAUCAAAAUAAAUAUAAAGGAUUUUUUUUUGGGGGGGGAGCUGGGGGGGGGAUUUAUUUCCACACCCCCCCCUCAAAUCAAGCCUCAGCCUCGUGGCUGUGACCCCCACCCCCCCCACAAAAAGGGAGGGGGGAUUUGGGGACCCCUCCCCAUAUUUUUACCGAAUAAAGGUUUUAUAUAAAAAAAAAUAAAAGGAGUUUUGGGUGGGGUUUUUUUGAACGCUCCCCCUUUUUUUUGGGGGGGGGGUUGGA